AUGCCUUCAUCUGCCGAUACUCCCCCACCCAGCACAAGCGACCAACACACCAGUAGGAAACUCGCGAUUCUCUCACUCUUCUCUCUAUUAGCGGCGAUACUCGCUGCAUUCGGCUACGGGUUCAGCGCCGAAAAUACCAAUACCACGGCCAAGCUGUUUGGGCUUAGACGACUCUUCGGAACGCAGGCGGCCGCUGCGGCGAAGAGAGAUAUCUCGACAAGCUCUGCUAUUCCGAAAUCCGGCAGCACGAUGAGAACUCCAGUUUACUUCUUGAGUCAUGGGGGUCCGAAUAUCAUGUACGAGCGAGACCACCCGGCGUACCGUAAAUUAGGUGAGAUCGGGCGCGAGAUCACCACCAAAGUCAAGCCGCGGGCUGUUGUGGUAUUCUCUGCGCAUUGGCAGGCUGGUCACGACACGAUCCAGGUGAAUACAGCCGAGACGACGGAUCUUAUAUACGAUUUCUACGGCUUCCCGAGCCACUAUUACAAGGAGAAGUUUCCUAAUGCCGGGAGCAAAGAGGUUGCGAACAAAGUGCUUGAUGCGCUGAAGGAGGCGGGCAUCAAAGCGGAGGGAGUGAAGAGAGGUUUAGAUCAUGGUGUUUGGGCCAGCUUCAAGUGUGCGUUUGACCCAGACUCCAAUCCCUUGAACAUCCCGAUAGUGCAGGUGUCCUUGUUUAACAGCGAGGAUCCUGCUCAGCACUACCGACUCGGACAAGCGGUGUCCAAGCUCCGCGAUGAGAAUAUCCUGAUCAUUGUAUCGGGUAUGGCAGUCCACAACCUGCGCGACCUGCAGUUCACUUGGGGCAACCCCAAGCCAAUGCCGUACACUACGAGCUUUGACGAGGCUCUGAAGGACGCUGUCACGAAGCCGCCUGCAGAAAGAGAGCAGGCCAUGAUUGAGCUUUUGAAGCGACCCGAUGCCCGUCAAGCCCAUCCAUCCUUUGAUCAUGUGCUGCCCAUUCAUAUCGGAGCUGGCGCUGCGGAAGAUGAUCUUGGAAAGAGACUCUGGACGUUGAAGGAGGGAAGUAUGAGUUGGGCGCAGUAUAGAUUUGGUGAUGUAAGCAAUAAUAGCUCGCUGUAG